GUCGGAUUUUUUGUAAUUAAAAAUUAGUAUAUUUUAUUUUAGAUCCACUUAAUCAUAAAAAAUAUUUAUUUCAAUAACAAAAACACUGUCAAUUUCAAUCGAUUAAAAAUCGUGUCCACGCCCCUUUAAAUCGUUCGUUUGCGGGUUUUAGUAACACCACGUUGUAUAUAUGUAUUGUUUACAAACAUUGCGAAGCAUCCAUUUUGAGCGGCGAUUGUAUCGGAUGUGCCUGUGGAGGUGGAGGAUCUACGUGUAACGAUGAACGUAACAUAUACUAUACAUUCUGAUUGACAUGGCUGAAGAAAAGAAAGAAUAUAAGGAGCCACGGUCUCUCAACAAUGACAUAACGACACAUGUGCGCUUUCAGAACCGUUGUGACAGAAAUGCCACGUUAUAUUGGCUCAACUUCAAGGGGAACUUGGUGAGGUAUUCCAUUUUGAAGAAAGGAGAAUAUAUCGACAUGAUCACGUAUGUGACACAUCCUUGGUGUGCUAAAGAAGUAGUUACAAAUGAUCGACUUGUCAUUGAUAAAGAGCCUGUGUAUUACCCGUCAGAGGGGGAGGAGGAGACGUACAGACUGGUCCUAAUCGAUAUCCCAGUGUAUUCUCUGCGGGAGAGAUGUAAGCAGGUUAUAUGGAAAUCAUUUCCUGACAUUGAUCCAAAGACACUGGAUAUUCCGAGACUGCUCACCAAAGAAUUGGACACCAAGAAAUCUGUGUCUUAUACUAACUACAAGGGUUUUCGUCACACAUGAUGCGGUGUAUUUCAUGUGUGAGAGUUGAAGGUUCUAAGUUAUAUGAUUGCGUUUGAUUGGAACUAAAGAAGUUUGUCCUAGUUACACGGUAAUCGCAAACAUUUAGGCCUACAAUUAUUUUUAUUGCAAAAAAUUUAAAUGAGAGAUAAAGAGAGCCUCUUUGCAGAGGGAAUUUGUACAUUUCUGUAUAAAGUAUACUUCGGAUUGAUUAAUGUCUGUAUAUUGAAAAUAAUCCUGUUUGAAUCUAAAGAAUGGUUCACAUGGGAUCUACUCGAAAGUGGAUCAAAGAUUAGGUUUCACAACAGCCUAUUUUACAAUUUAUCAUUUAACAUUACUGAAUUAAAUAAAAUUGACUUUUGAAA